UGUGCGCUCCUUUGGGCCUAAGGUUUCGUGAAAGAUAGAGAAGACAGCCAAGAACAGCUCGUUGAUCGUGCAUUUACGUUGAUUCACGAGUCCAAAUCAAUCCGAAAAAAGGCAAAUAAGAAAAAGAAAAUGGUAAGACCAGGUUUUUCAAGAGGAGGUGGUGGUAGAGGUGGAGGUGGUGGUAGAGGAGGUGGAGGUUUUGGAAGAGGCGGGAGAGGAGGCGGAAGAGGAGGAGGAGAUAGGGGUGGAAGAGGUUUUGGUGGAAGAGGUUUUGGUGGAAGAGGCCGAGGAGGUCCAGGAGGAAGAGGUGGCAGAGGAGGGUUUAGAGGAGGUGCAAAAGUUGUCAUAGAGGCACAUAGGCAUGAGGGUGUCUUUAUUGCAAGAGGAAAGGAAGAUGCUUUGGUGACCAAGAGUAUGGUGGCUGGGGAAUCUGUUUAUGGAGAAAAAAAAAUAAGUGUUGAUGCUGAAGGAGGAGAAAAGAUUGAAUACAGAGUUUGGAAUCCCUUUAGAUCAAAACUGGCAGCUGCCAUAUUGGGUGGUGUCGAUCAAAUUCACAUGAAGCCAGGAAGUAAAGUUUUGUACCUUGGUGCUGCAUCUGGGACCACGGUGUCACACGUGUCUGAUAUAGUUGGACCAGAAGGUUUGGUGUAUGCAGUUGAAUUUUCACACAGGUCAGGACGCGAUCUGAUAAAUGUUGCUAAAAAAAGAACCAACAUCAUUCCUAUAAUAGAAGAUGCUAGACAUCCUCACAAGUACAGAAUGCUAGUUGGUAUGGUAGACACAAUAUUUGCUGAUGUUGCCCAACCUGACCAAGCACGUAUUGUAGCAAUUAAUGCUCACUACUUUUUAAAAAAUCAAGGAAAUUUUGUCAUAUCAAUUAAGGCCAACUGUAUCGAUUCAACUGCCCAACCAGCUGCAGUUUUUGCUGAUGAAGUAAAAAAGAUGCAGGGUGAAAAAAUGAAGCCUCAAGAACAGUUAACACUGGAACCAUAUGAAAGAGAUCAUGCAGUAGUUGUUGGUGUUUAUAGGCCACCACCAAAGAAGAAGGCAUAAAGGACAACAAGCCUUGCAAACCAUACUCAUCAUAGAAAGCCUUUUGUUGCAGAUUGAUGCAGCUAGGCAUCAAAUGAUGCAGUGUUCUGGAACAAAGUUUGAAGACCUAUGAAAAACUUUGCAACAUGUAAAAUAGUGGUCCUUAUAAUUUCUCUUAAAUAACCCUUAAUUUGACUAUCUUACAUUCUAAGCUAUUGGGUAUAUGUUUUGGUCUGAUAAACACUCUCCAUGAUAUUAGAUACUUUUAACAAAGAGUAAACUGUUACUUCUUCUUUCAAUUUAAAAUUUACUAUUGAGACUAGAAAUCAGUGAUUUCUGAAAUCCAAAACAUAUUCUGAGAUACUUUGCUUUUAUUGUAUUAAUUGUUUUUAUUACAAUAUCAUGUAUUGGAACAUCUUAUUAAGAUUAGCAGGAUUCUUAUACUUGGCAUUACAAAAAAGCCUUUUUGAUACACUAAAUGGUGAAAGGCUGUUUUUUCUUAAAAGAGAAUUGAUGUAAAGACAGUUGGUAUUGUGUAUCAUAUUAUAAACUACAUCAAUAUACA